AUGGCAGAUCACAAAUUGGUGCCGUCCAAAAGGAGAGAGCACGGGAUAUUGCGCGUCUCAGUUAGGCGUCAGGUAUUACCACCAACUCCCCUACCAUCAUACACUCGCCUAUUUUCAGUAGCGAGCUCACAAGCUCGCAAAAAUCCCUUUGCUUUUGGCACUUUCAGCCAACAAUAUUUACCAGCUUCAAUACCAUGCGGUCGGCGAUCACUUUCUUUGGGUUCCAUAUUCUCGCGUUCCAAAGCGGAAGCGACACCAACUCCUCACACCGUUGCACUUAUUACGCGACUUGAAGCGGAAGCCAACGUCCAUCCACACGAUACCGGAAAGCAACUAGCGUUACUUCAAGCACUUCUUGAAACUAAAUUGAAGUCUUCUUAUGAAUUAAUCGUGAACCGUUGGGAACGGAUGUGCGAGUUUGACGCAUCUUCUCCCUUGCUUAAAUCAGAUGAAGCGUUUAGGAUCUAUGUUACUUCUCUCCAAAAUCUCGACCAAGCCUCCGCUAUCAGCGACGCUGUCACAAAACGAGACGGACUAUUAGCUGCCCAGACCGGAGCAACUGCUACUGUGAAUAUGUCGGUACCCUCGGACGCCACAAAUGGGCAAAUGUCAACACAGUCAAACGGUACGAGCUCACCAGUUCAAACCCCUACUUCAAGUGAAAUCAUCGCCCAGCAAGUUCUAUCGAGACCGGAAACAUCUAACCAUGCAUCUCCGGCGUCACAGUCUACGUCGAGCACAAAUCCGUUCAAGCUUCCAUUAGCCUCCGAGAAUUCACAAGCUCAUCCUAUCCAAGUGUCAAUUGUUGAACGCAAGGGCGCUUGGGUCCCCCGUCUUCUCCGAUUUGUAUUACUGACAAUUGUCGCUUCCUUCUUUUUUCUCGUCAUUCUCUCGGUAUUCUUUGAAAACUCUGGCUUUAUGAAGGCUGGUCCCCGUCAAUCUCAAUUUGAACCUUCCGAAGGAAAGACGGUAAAAUUCAGUGAUGUACAUGGGGUCGAUGAGGCCAAAGAGGAAUUACAAGAUGUCGUUGCUUUCUUGAAGGAUCCAUCUGCGUUCUCGACACUUGGGGGAAAGCUGGCGAAAGGUGUUCUACUCACGGGGCCUCCUGGCACUGGAAAAACGUUGCUGGCACGCGCGGUUGCUGGAGAAGCAGGCGUCCCGUUCUUUUUCGCUUCAGGUUCCGAUUUCGAAGAAAUGUUUGUUGGGGUCGGUGCUAAGCGUGUGCGCGAAUUGUUUGCUGCUGCAAGAAAGAAAGAGCCUGCAAUCAUAUUCAUUGAUGAACUCGAUGCAGUCGGUGGCAAGCGUAGCAGUAGGGAUCAACAAUACAUGAAACAGACAUUGAACCAACUGUUGGUUGAGAUGGAUGGGUUCCAGCAAUCAGAAGGGGUCAUUGUUAUCGCAGCCACAAAUUUUCCGGAGAGUUUGGACCAGGCACUAGUUCGUCCUGGACGGUUUGAUAGGGUCAUAGCCGUUCCUUUACCUGAUGUGCGCGGACGUGUGCAAAUUUUGCAACAUCACCUGAAAGGUGUCACCGUUAGCCCAGAUGUUGAUCCAAAGAUUUUAGCACGCGGUACGCCUGGAUUCUCGGGUGCUGAUCUACAAAACAUGGUGAAUCAAGCGGCAAUCCAAGCUUCCAAGCUUGGGGCUAAGGAAGUUAAUCUUAAGCAUUUCGAAUGGGCACUGGACCGUAUCGUCAUGGGAGCCGAACGAAAGAGCUCGUACAUAAGGGAGAAAGAGAAGCUCGCAACCGCAUACCAUGAGGGCGGACAUGCUCUUGUUGCCCUCUAUACUGAUGGAGCAAUGCCCCUACACAAAGUGACAUGUGUACCCCGUGGACACGCCUUAGGCUACACCUCCCAACUUCCGGAAAACGACCGUACAUCUGUUACCCUGAAAGAGUAUCUGGCAGAGAUCGAUGUGGCGAUGGGUGGCCGUGUAGCCGAGGAAUUGAUUUAUGGAGCUGAGAAUGUGACAAGUGGUGCUAGCUCAGAUAUUCGCGCUGCAACUAGGACUGCACAAAGAAUGGUUAAGUACUGGGGAUUCUCCAACCUAGGGCCUAUAUUAUUCGACGAUAGAGACGAAUCGAUAAGUCCCAAGAGAAAGGAAGAAAUCGAAGAAGAAGUUUCCAAGCUUGUUAGAGGAGGCGAGGCUCGGGCAACGGCCCUUCUUACCGCGAAAAUAUCUGAAUUGCACAAGCUUGCUCGAGCUCUUGUUGAUCACGAAACGUUAGACUUAGAAGAGGUGAAGAAAGUCGUCAAAGGCGAACCUAUUCGGACUAUAACCGAAGUAUUGGAUGAGGAUAUUUCUAAUCUAGAGGCAGGGUCAAAUAAUUAA